CGAAGCGGCUCCGUUAUCUGGGAGAGCUGGAGCGGCGUGCUGGUUGUCUGAUCGUGUGGUGGGCCAGAGCUGGGUUCUCCUGCGUGUCUGGCCGGCGGAGCUCGGCCAGAGCCAGAUAGACACAGCUCUUGGCGGGUUAGGCUCUUGCGCGAGUCCGGAAGCCGCUGACCCCUCGCGGCCUCUAAUUACCCUCGCGUCUCGGGUUCGACGGUGCUUCGGAAGGGAGCGAAUCUGUCAGAGCCUCGGUAGACGAGCCCUGGUGGGCUGUGAGAGGACGAAAGACGCAGUGGCUUUUGAUCGAAACAACCUAAACGUUAAACAGUACAGCUGCCUCAAAUCCCUGGGAAUUUCAGAAUGACUGACACUUCUGAAGCUGUUUCAAAUUUUGAAGAGAUGUUUGCCAGUAGAUUCACAGAAGAUGACAAAGAAUACCAGGAAUACCUGAAACGCCCUCCUGAGUCCCCUCCAAUUGUUGAGGAAUGGAAUAGCAGAGCUGGUGGGAACCAAAGAAAUAGAGGCAAUCGGUUGCAAGAUAACAGACACUUUAGAGGUAGGGAUAGCAGACGGGGGUGGCCAAGUGACAAUCGAUCCAAUCAGUGGCAUGGACGAUCCUGGGGUAACAAUUACCCGCAGCACAGACAAGAACCUUAUUAUCCCCACCAGUAUGGACACUAUGGUUAUAACCAGCGGCCUCCGUAUGGUUACUACUGAUAGAAAUGUCAGCAGCUUUUAGUAAAACCAUUUACUCUGUUAACAUGACAAAAGUUUAUGUGUAUCUUCUGUUGGUCAUAGUUUUACGUCUUGAUUUCAGAGAGUGAAUUAUUAAUUUUUUGGAACUUGAAACUUUUUUUAAAAAAUUAGAUCUUACUAGAGAUUUGUGAUGGUUGCUGGGAAUAAAUACUCCCCUAAAAAGGUUGUGGAUUAUAUUGCUUGACCUCUACCUCAGAUUCUUUGUUUCAUGACUUAAUAGUGCUUUGAACUUGGUGUUAUCUCUUCCUUGUUUGACCUCCAGGAGUUCUUUGUUUUACACAGAAAUAAAAAUUUAAAAAUAGAAAAUGCUUGCUUUUACUUUGUAAGACAAGGAAGUAUCCAUAUACUAGAAUGUGCUCAUUCCUAAAAUUUUACAGAGGUUAGUACAGUCAACUCAUGAAUGCACAACCAUGCUUAUUUGUAAUGUACAUAACAUCAGCAGUUGAAAAGUGAAACAAUUAUAGUAUAUUUCUCUUGGCUUUUGUUGUUAUGUGACUAUGGUACUUUGUAAUUGCUUACUGUAUAGGUAUGAGUCAGCUCCACAAUCAUUUUGGUCUCUUUUUAGAGGGAUAUCCAGAAUAAAGCCGUAAAAUGAGGAAGGACUCAUUCUCAGUUUCAGUGUCUUGAUCUAGUGGUGGGUGGGAUUAGGACACACAAUCAUUUUAUACAAACUCUAAGGCUUUUUGCUAACUUAGAAACAAUAGCAGGUCAAAAUCCAUACUUUAUACAAAAGUUUAAUGUUUCCCUUUUCCUUUUUAAUCAUGUGUAAAUAAUGCUGCAUUUUGACUCUACUUAUUUUUAUGGUAUUUAAUGUGGGUUGAUUUUACAAUGUUCUGUUCACUUCCAAAUGUGCACCUUUGCUACUUCCUCUUCUAUAAAUACAAUGAUGCUGUAACUUCCUUUCAGAGUGAUCAUUAUAUUUCAAAUCAUUUUAAUGGCCAUUACACUGGUUUUAUUCAAAUAAAAUACUUGUAAGAUUAUUCAAAUAAAAUACUUGGAAGAUGAAGCAAUUUAUCUCUCAAGUUUUGGCAGUUAGCCCAUUCAUUAAUGUGGUCACAUGAGCUUUUUGGUUUUUAUUAUUCUGUCCUUUAUAUCUGUUGAAAAAGGUUUAUUUGGUUUAAGAGUAAUAUUAAGAGUACAAGUUUCAUCAUAAAGCAAAGGAAUUAAAAGGCAACUUCCUAAAUCUGC